AUGAAUGAUGCUACAAGUGUACUUACAGGUCAUACAAAAAAAUAUCAUAUACCAUUGAAUCAUUUAGAACAUACAUAUAUACAACAAUGUACAGAUAGUAUCGAACUUGAACGAAUAUACAAAGAAUUAAUAAGUGGAGAAGUAGGAUCACAUAAAAUUUUGGAACAAUUAACACUUGAUCGAAUUCGAAAUAUUCAAUCAAAUAAUCAAAUAUCUCGACAAGAUCAAAUUUCAAACAAUAAAUCAAAUUUAUCGAAUAAUGAAUCACAACAAACUAUUGUUAUUAAUUCAAUAUCUAAUUCUUCAAAUGUCAAUGAUAGCAAUUCUACUAUUUCAGAACCUAUAAUAAACAAUAAUUUUAAACAAAUAGUACCAGCAAGUAAUGAAGAAUGGGAAAAAUUUAACCAGCAAGUUGCUUCGGAAUUUCAUAGUGAUUGUGAAGACAAUCAUGAUAAUGAACUUUCAAAAAAUGAAUCUUAUGAAGAUAACAAACGUCGUCAUACGGCUGAACAACAUCGUCUUAAUGGAGAUACAGCAUUUAAAUUAAAUAAUUAUCAACAAUCAAUUGAUUUAUAUACAAAAAGUAUUAUUCUUGAUAAUAAUUCAAUUACAUAUAUGAAACGAGCAAUAGCAUAUUUUAAAAUAGAAAAUUUCGAUGCAUCUAUUCAAGAUUGUUCUCAAGUAUUAUUGAUUAAUUCAAAAGAUAUUCAAGCUUUAUUUCAUCGAGCUUCAUGUUAUUAUGCUAAAGAACAAUAUGAUGAAGCAAAAAAUGAUCUUAAUAAUAUUCUUAUAAUUGAUCCUGAUAAUGAGGAAGCACAAAAUCUAUUGAAUACAGUUCUAACUGUUCAAAAUAAGAAUAGUAAUUCAACUGCCGGUGAUAAUGACAACAUUAAAACUCAAUUACCAACUACUCCAUCGUUGGACAUUGAAGAAGAAGAAGAACAACAACAACAACAAGUAAAUAAUAACAUGACUCAUUCUAUGACUAUGGAUAUUCAUUCUGAUCUCAAUUCUGAAAAUAUUUCUCCAUCGACGUUUGAUCAUCAAAAUGUAAAUCAAUUUCAACUGUCAUCAUUAAAUGAUGAUGAUGGUGAUGAUGAUGAUGGUAUGGCAUUAGGUGACGAAGCUGGUACUGAUUUAACAGGAAAUCUAAGUGAUGAAGAAGGACAUAUUGCACGUAGUGCAAAUGUUUCACCAACUAAUGAUAAUGAUUCUGAUACACCAGAAUCAAACGUUCAAAGACCAGUAGAAACAACAUCAGUAAGACAAAAUAUGAAAAAUAAUCUAAUUGAUCAAAGUAUUGCUUUUGGAAUGUAUGAUGAUAAUAAUAAUAAACGAAAUAAUAUUUCAACUGCGUAUCGUCAUCAAAUAAGUGAUGAUUAUGAUGACUUAUAUGAUAAACCAACUAAUCAUAAUUUACCAACAAUAUCAAAGAAUUCUCCAUCAUAUAAACAAAAUACAAGUUAUUCAACUUCGUGGACAAAUUAUAGUGACACAAAUAUGCGAAGUACAACGGUUAGUGAGGCUAUUUCAAAUUCAAAUUUUGGUUCUACUAUACAAAGUUGGUUACAUGAUUUUAUUACAUCACAAACAAGUUAUCGUUUUUCAUCAUUUUAUGAUCGACCAUGGUCAAAAUCUCCUACGCCAUGGUCACUUAAUAAAAUUUUAGGUGAUAUUGAAAAAUUUAAUGUAUCAAAUGAGUAUAAAAAUGCUAUUGAAGUAUCGAAAAAGAUGCUUCACAAUGGUCUUCUUGAUUAUCAUUAUCAUACGGAAUGUAUUGUUAAUAUAUUGACCAUUUGUGCUCAAUGUUAUUUGAAACUUCAUGAUUAUGUACAUACUAUUCAAUACGCUACCGAAGCUUUACAAUAUAAUAAAAAUGAUGCUGAUAUAUUGAUUUGUCGUGCAAAAGCACUUGAAAACGAAAAAUGUUUUCUCUUCAGUUAUGCUGAUUAUGUACGUGUACCAACUAAUAAUUUUAGUUAUCAUUUAACACGACGAGCAUGUGAAAAAUUAGAGAUAGAAUUAAAUUCUAGUGAAGAUAAAACAUGGCGGGAAAAAUUAUUAAAUGAUAAAAAUGAUGAUGAACGUUAUUUAACUUAUCUCAAAAUGAAAAAUGAAUAUUCAGAAAAUAAUUCGUAUGAAUGGUACCGAACAUAUGCUGAUCAAUUAUAUCUUGAUGCUUGUUUUGUUCUUGCUAUUCGAUGUUAUACAUUUUGUAUUGAACUUCAACCUAAUACCACAUAUGCUUAUUUAAAACGAGCCGCAUGCUAUUUAAAUGUAUUUGAGCCACAAAAAGCAAUUGAUGAUUGUGAUAUAGUAUUAAAAGAAGAUAAAAAUAAUUUUCGUGCUUUAUAUCGUAAAGCAUCAGCAUAUAGAAUGUCUCGUGAUUAUCGUUUACAUGAAUUAACAUUAAAAGAAUGUAUAAAAUUACAACCACAUAAUCAAAUUGUUCUUGCAGAAUAUUAUACAUGUCGACAUCAACAAAUUCCACGAGAAAAAAGACGAAUUCGAACGAAUCCAAUAACGUCGAAAUUAAUCAAUGAAAAUAAUCUUUCAUAUGAUGAACUUGAACAAAUACGUUUAGAUAAAAUAUAUUCAAAUUCAUCAUUAAAUUCGAAUAACAUUAAUGAUCAAUGUUCAUUUAUUCUUCAUUUACCAGAAAAGAAUUCUCUUCAAUCAUUUGAUUAUGCAACAACAAAAUUAAUUGAAACAAUUAUUAAUAUUAGCCGAAUAAUGAUUCAAGCUGAACAAUAUUAUCAACAAGAACAUAAAUCAAUAAUAUUACCAUUUUCUUAUAUAAAAUUUUGUUUUCAUAUUCUUGUUGAAUUAACAAAACUUCCUCAAAUUGAUAUAGCUUUAUCAAUGAUUGAUGAAAAUUAUCGAACAUUACUUGAUGAUUUGCUUUCGUAUUAUUCAUCUAUAUCAUCAAUGUUUAAUGAUAUUGAACAAUUGAGUCGAUUAAAAAAAUUGUGA